UUGGCAGUCUCCACUCCAGGGGGGAGUGGGAGAGUCUUCCAGCACUCGGCAGUGGAGCGACUCUGGCAGCCGUGGCGGCCGCCUCUCAUCAUCCCACGUCUCGCUCUCAGAAACCGACACAGCACUGCCGAUGCGCCCAGCCGCCAUCCCGCACCGCUCCCUCCUCACUCCUCCGCCGAGAGCUCGCAUCCUCACCGGGGCUACCCUGCCAACAGGACCCGCAUCUGAAAUAACUUUACACACUCUGGACUUCACUACACGCCUCCGAGUGGUACUUUCACCCUCCGUGUCUGAAUGACGGGCGGUCGGUUCGACUUUGACGAUGGUGGCACCUACUGCGGAGGCUGGGAGGACGGCAAAGCCCACGGCCACGGUGUGUGCACCGGACCCAAAGGCCAGGGCGAGUACUCGGGCUCCUGGUCCAACGGUUUCGAGGUGGUCGGCGUCUAUACCUGGCCCAGCGGCAAUGUGUACCAGGGCUACUGGACCCAGGGGAAACGACACGGGCUCGGCGUGGAAACCAAGGGGAGGUGGAUUUACCGGGGAGAGUGGGCUCACGGGUUCAAGGGUCGGUACGGAGUUCGGCAGAGCCUGAACACACCAGCCAGGUACGAGGGCACCUGGAGUAACGGACUGCAGGACGGAUAUGGCGUCGAGACCUACGGCGAUGGAGGUACAUACCAGGGUCAGUGGACUGGUGGGAUGCGUCAUGGCUAUGGUGUACGUCAGAGUGUCCCAUAUGGUAUGGCCUCGGUCAUCCGCUCACCUCUUCGAACCUCGCUGGCUUCCCUCCGCAGUGAGCAGAGUAACGGCACAAUACUGCGUGACAGUCUAUCUGACAGCCCUGCUGGCACACGCGGUGGCUUCGUACUCAACUUCCACUCAGAUGGAGAAGGUUCAGAGAAGAAGAAGGGCCUCUUCCGCCGUGGCUCUCUCUUUGGCAGUCUCCAGAGACUGCGCAAAUCAGACUCUCGCUCAUCUAUCUCCAGUAAGCGCAGCUCAGCACAUAGUGACACCACCAUGAGUCGCAUCAGCUCAAGUGAUGCCAAUUCCACUAUCAGCUUUGGAGAUGGAGACCCAGGUGAUGACUACCUGCCUCUGGAAGACAAUGUGGACGCCACCACCACUGAGUCCUACAUGGGCGAGUGGAAGAAUGACAAGCGCAGUGGCUUUGGUGUCUCAGAGCGCUCCAACGGCAUGAAGUAUGAAGGCGAGUGGUUGAACAAUAAGCGCCAUGGCUACGGCUGCACCAUCUUUCCUGACGGUACUAAGGAGGAAGGGAAGUACAAGAACAACUUACUAGCCCGGGGUAUCAAGAAGCAGCUGAUCCCACUGAGGAACACUAAGACCAAGCAGAAGGUGGAUCGAGCCAUUGAGGGAGCAGUAAGAGCAGCAGCCAUCGCCAAAACCAAAGUGGAGAUAGCCAUCUCCAGGACAUCCCACGCCCGGGCCAAAGCAGAGGCUGCAGAUCAGGCUGCACAUUCAGCCAGUCAGGAUUCAGAUAUUGCCAGAGCUGUGGCCAGAGAGCUCUCCCCAAGCUUCCAUCAGCCAGGCCCUGACUACAUACGACAGAAGUAUAAUGAGCCAGUAGAGGUGAAGGAGGUUUCUGAGGAGGAUAAAAAGGAGAAAUCUCCAUCAAGGAGCCCUCAUUUCUACCGGAAAGGCACAACACCAAACCAGUCUCCAUCUCAGAGCCCAGGUCCCAGCCCUGCUUCUUCACCCACUGCCAUACAGAAGAUCUUCUUUGGCAAUAAAACUUCUGCCACUGUCGAUCCCCCAAAGCCUGCUGGGAAAGAAAACCGAACCCCAACAGCUGAGUCUUUAACUGCAGGCAUAACAAAAGCAGCGUCAAAACUUUCACUCAGACAGGAAGUGAAGCAACAGGAGGCUCCAGCCAACACCACGACAGUCAGCAGUUACCCCAGCAAUGGGCAGAUCCACUCCCAGUACCAUGGUUACUAUGUCAAGGCAGAUGUCAAGAUUCUGCCACCUGAAGAUCCGAUUGGUGUGGAGGACGACUUUCAUCCAUCAAGCCUUGCACGCUUGCCGCCACCUGCCAAACAGAUUCGGUCACCAGCAGUAAAAUCUCUGCCAGCCCCCAGCCCUUCACCAGUUCCCCCAAAAGAGAGCACUAAAGCACCAGAGCUCCCCAAGCCCAAAAGACAGGAAUCACACAAACCAAAGAGCCUUGCAGAAACCAAGAAAGCUAGUGUGGAAAUUUACCCUGAAACUGUAGAAGAGGAGUCGGGUCCUAACUCUAUCUUGGUGGCUCUUGUGAUGCUGUUGAACGUUGGUCUAGCAAUCAUUUUUGUCCAUUUCCUCACCUGACCAAAUCUGAACUCAGUGGACUCUUCCAAACUAGUCGCCCAAGCCGCUAACUCUCCAUCAGCCAAAGGGGCCUUUUAAAAAAAAUGGCGCCAGUCAGAAUGGCAGACAUGGGCAAAACGGAGGACUGAAAAUAGAUGAGUGAAGAAGGAGGAAAAGGAGAAGAAGUGGAAGAGAAAACAUAAGGGGAAGAGAGAGAGGGGGAAAAAAGCAGAGAGAGAGAAAGAUGAAACCUCCACCACCACCACCACCACCCUCUCUGGAUGGACUGAAUGUCUUUGGUGCUCGAGUCCAACCUGAUUGGACUGGCGAUGAUUUGUGACUCCACUCAGAGUGCAGUGAAAGCUGAAGCAAGCAGUCGCUGGUGCCCUGAGCCUCGACUAUGGAUUCUCUAUCAGGGUUAGAAAUAACAGGAGGCCUGGAGAGCAGAGUGAAUGUGAGUGAGUGUGAGGCCUGGCAUCUAUGCUGCCUGUAAAUGCCUCAAAUGUGUGUGCUUGCCUGUCUGUAGCUCCAUUUCCAUCCAACUGUUCAGCAAGUUUGGAAGUUUUUAAUGCUGCAAUAAAAAACUUGUGCCUUGUCAAGCUGAGUUGAAGAGAAUUUGUUUCCUAAAUGAUCCACCAGAAGAACAGAGAGCAUCUUUACACUGUUGAUUAGUAUUGGAAAAGUAAUUUCAGUUUCAGUUAAUGUGGGUCAUAUGCCAUUCUGUCAUCCAGUUAAACUACCAUUAAAUAGGUGUCUUACACCUUGGAAAGACUAUUUAGAACACUCAGAUAUGUUACAGAAAACAUUUCUAAAAGCCAUUUUUAACUGUAGUGCACUUUAAUCGAACCAGGUCAGUCAUAUCAGGCCGUUAGUAUUUAGUCAAUCAAUAAAUUUUCAUCUGUUGCAUACAAUAAGUUGAUAAAGUUUUUGCAAUGGUGAAGGAUUUUUUUUUGUCAAAAUGUGGAAAGUUUGUGGAAAUGUUUCUGCUUCUACUCAACUUUUCUCUUACAUAAAAAUCCACACAAAAGUACUUGGAUGGAAACCAAGGUUGUGCAUAUCGGUAUAUUUUACACUUAUGUGUCUGCUUCUGCUGUGUGUGUGUGUGUGUGUGUGCGUGUGUGUGUGUGUGUGUGUGUGUGUGUGUGUGUGGGCGGGUGGUGGACUGGAUAUGUUCGGAGAUGCACUUUGAGCUGAUGGAAGCUGACAGCUGCCUUACCAUUUUACAGAGUGACGUGGUGGUGGGUGAGAAGGGGCCGGGCAGGAAUGUGAAGCGCUCGGCUGAUUCUCUCUCUGCCGGGUCCUGGGAGAGUGGCUCUAUUUCUAUCAGUCUGUCUAUCGAUCUGUUCAUAUCUGUUUUUAUCUGUUUCCGUGGGUCUCAGCGCCUGCAGUUUUCUAUACCACAUCAGGUGCAUGUUAGACAAUCAGACAAUCAGGUUUUAUUCCAAAAUGAAAGGAUAAAGUAACAUUUGGAAAACAUAACCACAACCUCAUUGCAGCCUUGCAAAAAUCAACAGUAUUCCGUAGUGCAUUUCCGACUUGAAACUUGUUUUGUAAGACUAGAUGUCAAAGUUAUCAUUUUGGAACAAAAUUCCUGAUUUUAUGAAUGAAAGAUUCUUCUUGACUUGAUCACUGCUUGUAUCUGCCUUCACUGAAACUUAGAACUUGUAUGUUACUAUACUUUUAUUUAUGUUUCCCUCAGUCCACAUUACUAUUGGGCUUAAUUUAACAUUGGUUCAUGUAUCCUGUUUAUAUUAGAGUAUGGAGUAUGAUAGUUGUAUAUAUUAGUGGAAAACAGCAGGAGGAAUACACCAGUAUUAGCCUGCCAGAAUAUUAUUAUCAUUGGUGCUCUUACUGUUGGUUCUUCCAGUUUUCCUGACUCAGUUGAUGAUAUUUUCUUUCUUCAUGUAUAUGGGAAUGAUUUCUUUUUAUUGACACAUGGGGCUUAUCCCACUUUAAUUUCUUAUAGAUACACUCCUGAUUUUGUAAAGUGUCCUGUAGCUGCCCUGUAGAGCCCCCAAAAGUCCCUUCUAGCUCACAGUUUGAACAUGAUGGGAAGUUCAAAUUUGAGCUCUGUUAGAUUUCAAGCUAGGGCAGCAACUUUAGAUUAUUUUAAUAAUUGAGUCUUGUAUGUAUUUUUCCAACAAUUAAGUAAUUGGAUAAUAAAAAACACAAGUAACAAUGAGAGAAAAAACACCAUCAUAAGAACAGAAGCUUCAAGAAUGUGGAUCAGGUCUUUUCAAAUAGCUACAGCAUAUUUGAGGGUUGGUAUGUGGCAUUAGCUGAGUACGUAUUAGCAUGUAGCACUGCUGUUCAACAGGCUAUAGCAGCAAGUCCAGUUUAAGAGUAGUAUUCCACUGGCUGAUAUAUAGCCUGCAAGAAACUAGCUGUCACUUAGGCUAAUGCCUUUGUAGCGCCUAAGCUAGCCAAGAGCCAUAGUUAAAUACCAGAAUGUUACAGCUAGCAUGGCAGCACAGCUAGCUCUCUGAAUUUGAGAACUUUGAUAGUUUUCAGUUUUCACUCCCUAUAUCUUCUAUUUUCUUUUGACCUUUUUCCUUCCAUUCUCAACUUUAAGAGUCAGUACACAGUAUCUUGGUGUACCAGUGACAGUGUGACAGUUAUUAGGACGUUAAUGACUUCAUCUCUAUGUCAGAACAUCAGCAGUGAGCUGGGAGGAAAUGUAUGGCACACAGGCUGUAUAAUAAAAUCUGAGAAUUUAUUUUUAACCGGAUAUCAAUUCUAAAUGGGAAUACUGUGUGGAUGUGAAGUCGGUGUCUUUGUGACUUUUGUUGUUCCCACAGUUUUCCUGUAUGUCUGAAAGUUUUACAAGUUUAUUACUGCAUAGUUAGUUAAAGGCACAGUUGAAAAUUAACAAAACUAAAAUUAUACCUGGAUGACAGUCAUAGUUGAAUGUUGAAUGUGUGAAUUACCACCAAAUCUCAUCUGUUUCGUGCCACUGUGAGUAUCUGAUCUGUAGCUGUGGUCAACCAGAUGUGAGCUCCCGAAAUUCAAAAAUGUCACCUUCAAAUUUUUAGUCUGUUUUGGCCUGAAUCAGGACAGGUUGAUACGUGGUACAGACUACUCUCUUAUCAAGAAACAUAAAAACACAAAAUCAACAAAUCAGUUAAAUCUCUGAUGAAUGACAACAAAACAGGGCUGUCCAGUUUGUUUAAUAUGUGAAGGGGCUGUGCUCAAGAUAAACAGUAUAAUACGAGGUCUCUGACUCCUUUUCCACCCUAAAGCUGAUAGCAUUACCCAAAAUACCAUGGUGACAAACUACUGCAUAAGUAAAGUGAAUACUGAAAUGUACUGACUUAAAGAGGAGUGUUGAAUGUGUCAUACACUGUACAGUUACAGUCACUUCCACAGUGGUUGUGAAAUGUACCAGUAUACAAAAACAUGUCAUCCAUGUACAGCACUGUGCUGUACACUUGCUGAUAUUCUGUAUUUUAUAUAUAAUAUACUAUAUUUUGGAAUACACAACACAAUUAGGAUCAGCUAUCUAAUAUGUUAACAAUUUCUGUCCAAGAAAACCAGUGUCUUUUCUCUCCUCUGCUGAGAGCUGAUGUUUGCGUUUACUUUUCUGGAGGGCUACAGUCCACUUGAUCAUUUUAGUUGCAGGUCUACCAGAUCGUACGACUUUCUGGCCAUUCUGGAAAGUUCAAAACUGAGAGAAAGAAAUGUUCUAAACUUAAGUUUUGUGGUACCAUUGAUUGUAUAUUUUUGUAUUUUGCUGAUUAUUUAAGCAUCACAAAACUACCUGUAAAUGCAGCAAAUACUGCAUCAAAGAUUUUAUUUAUUGAUGUUGAUCUGAUGGUUUCUCCUCUGUUCUCAUGCAAUAUAUUAGAGGACUUGUCACACAAAGCAGUUAUCAUCCAGUAUUUAAAAAAAACUGCCUCUCCUUAUCUAUCACCAAGUCAUAAUUACUACAAAUGUAGACCCUCCAAAUAUUAAAGUGACAAAGUCUAAUGAAAAAAGUCCUUGGAAGAAUGAACUUAAAUUGUUUGCUGAGGUAUUUUACUUUUACAGCAAAUCCACCACUAAACGCAGCGCAAUAAUGCAGAAUAUAUAUUUUUUAUUCAUAUUUUAACAUAAAAACCUUAAAUUUGCAUUUGCAGCUUUUGCUAAUAAAGUCAUUUAUUGUGCUUCUAAAAUUAGCUGAUUGUAACUAUUCAUCACUAACUGUCUGUUUGUUAUUUUACGUAUUAUUUGAUGUAUUAUUAGCAAUGGAUUUUGUCAGAAGAGACAUUUUACCAGCUGCUCAUAUGACGAUACCUGUUCUGGGUAACAAUGACCUCAUGAUUCAUUUCGUUAUUCAUUAUUGUUCAAUAUUCUGCACGUUACAACAAGAAGCCCAAAUUAUUACAUGUGAUGCUUCAUUUUAUGGGUCUUUAAUUUCUGAAUAAUAUCCUAGAAAUAAAAAUCUAACAAGUUACAUGGAAAACUUUUAACUGAAUUAUAAGGAAAUUACGUACACGUAAAAGCAAGUGUUUCAUGGGAAAAUCUUUUCUUUCUGUUGGAAUCAUAUCUGUAUCACAGUCAAGGAUUUUUCAUUCUGAAGAUGAAUGCUGUAGAUAAAUUAGGUGGGGGUUUUUAUCGUUCACAUUUAGAUCUAGAUUCAAUUUUUGCAUGGGUUGGAGAAUGUUUGUUCUGUUCAGAUUUGGCCAGGCUGAAGGAAAGACCUGGAUUAUGACUGGCAGGAGAGUGUGCAUUAUUUUUAGAUAACUGCACAACUCUGAUGUUCUGUCAUCAUCAUUUUAAAUUAAUACUCAUAGAUGGAACACCAUUGCCUGUUUGUUGGAAUUGUUGAGUAACCUUUGUUCCAGAUCGAGACAGGUUUGUUUUCGGUAGUGUAUGCCCUAAAAUAUGAUUAAACAAUACUUUUUUUUUGUUUGUUUGUUUUGUUUUGUUUUUUUUUUUAUAUUUUAUUCAAAGCUGCUCCAGUGUGAAUGGUGGUUUCAAAGUGAAGUAAGGCCUUAGAAACCAACCACCACUAACAUGCAUAGUGACAUGUUGAAUAUAUUUGGGUGAAAGGUUGAGACGGGAAUAUUUGAACUCAUAAUUAAGUUUACUUUAGGGGAAGUAAAUGCAUUGUCUUAAAUAUUGUUUCCACCCCGAUUGCUGGAUUUAGUGUAUCUUAUUUUUCUUUUGUUAUGAGUGUGGUGCCUUGUUUAGCAUGCAGAUAUCAGCUGGUUUGUGAGUUGUUUUGUUAGAUUGGAUGUCAAAGUAAAAUAUUGUAUAAAGUGUGUGUAUUCAGUCACAUCAGUUGUGAAUAACUGUUUGGAAUGGUUUGUAGAAGUUAAAGGAAAAGUCAGUGUGAAACUUUUUUAGUUUUAUCUCAUUUGUUUGUGACUUUAGUCCCAACAAGGAUGCAGUACAGUGCUUACAGUGCAUUUUUAGAUGAAUAACUUAAUGAUAAGCUCCAUUCCCGUUUGUUUAUAGGAUCCCACUAAAACUCAUCAGAAACACCACUAACAGACAUUUUCUUCAUUCCAUUACUGGCAAUGUAGUUCUGUCCACUAUUUCCAUGGAAAUUGCUUCUUAUUUCUUCUUAGAUAAUAAUACAGAUGACUGAUAUGUAGUGUAUGACCAGGACAUUCAGCAGAAAAAAAAGGAAAUUGCCAGCCGUAAACUGGAUAUAGUGACCAUAGUGGCAAGCUGGAAUGAAGAAAUUUCUACCCUCAUUGUGUUCAUGCAGUAGUUGACUGUAAACCUGCAGUUUGCACACUUGUUAUAUUUCAAUAUCCAAUAGAUAAUGGAGCUGGAGUUUUGAUGUUCAAAACAAAGUACCAGCAGUGGAUACUGUAAGCUGGUAUUCACUGUCUUAAAAUAUGAAAGAACUCAAAAUAAAAACUCAAACUGAGUUAGUUAAUUUUAUUAACAGUCACUUUUUGGUUCUAUCAGUUGACCCUGGCCCGCUCAACAUUGUUGGUUGUAGUAAUUCUUUGCUGCUCUCCAGAGAAAUUCUGUGCAAAAAAAAAAAAAAACACAGAUUGGCUUGACAGGGACUUGACAAAAUUAUCUUUUGGAGUUGUAAUCUGAAUAGAGAGUGAGAGAUUCAUUUUGACAUGACUGACAGAAGUUUCUGGAUUUGAAGACAUUUUUUUGAAUAUGUGAAGGGGGCGUGUCCAAGCUAUAACAGGAUAUUAACUCCUUAAGACAGAGUGACCCAUCCAUCUACAGUAUGCAAUCGCAGUAAAAGUUUACCAUAUCUCUUUACCAUCUGAUAAACAAUAAAAAAGACAUUUUGAUAUGAUGGAAAAGCUGAGUCAUCACCAGAAAAUGACCUUUGAAAGAAUAAACGAAAUGAAAAAGCCUUUCAGUGGGAAGUGGUUUGUAGUGUUUAAGAAAAUGAGUGAAGGAGUGAGAAACAGGAGGCUUUGUCUAGUUUUUCUUUUCCUUUUCAUGUCUCUUGAAACUGAUUACAGUGCAUGAAAUCACAGAGUUUUGAGAUAAGAUGCAAGACUUGAUGAAUAGAGGGAGAGUUUGUGAGCGGAUCUUGGGUGGAUUUUGUGUUGGAAUCCUUUUUACUUGAAUUUGUUGGUAUUGAUGGUGAUGGUGUAGUGUUGUAUGGCUGACUGUAAUCCAUGCUCCGGUGUCUGCAGUUGUCUUGCUGUUAGGGAACAUGUACUGUAUGUAUGUACAGUAGGAGAGAGGUGAAAUGACAGCUCUAAAUGCACUGUGGCCAUGCAUAUGGCAAACAUGAAUGGUGCUGCCCUAUUGUGAUUGGCAGAAGAUCGCUCGAGUUUUCAGAUAUUGAGUAGGUGGCGCUGAAAUAAGUCAGCAUUAUGGGUUUAAAGCACAUAGAUCACAUGCAAAAAGUCUGAUCUUAAAACUGCAUCAGACCCACUCUGUAGCACAUGAAUGAAAGUUCCUCACAAAAUCACACAGUUCUUGCUGUAUCAUUUAAUGCAUAGUAACACCAGCAUUUAAAUAGAUGGAAUCAAUUCAUUUUAAAGCAAAAACAAAUGCAAAUCUUUGAGCUGAGUUCAAUUCCAUCGCACUUUGAUACACCUUUGGCCAGUAGUAAUUUGUCUUAACAAUGCUGACCUUUUAGGGAACUCCAAAAUGGAGGAAGGUAGCAUAACUUAUUAGAAGUGUCUACACUGUCCACUUUUACUUAAGUGCUCUAUUGGAGUACAAAGUGCUCCAUAAAAGAGGCAGGAAUGGCAGACAGUUAUGAGUUAUGAGAGCUGAUGGUACAAAUACAUCUUUUAAAUAAACUGUGUGAACUUAUUUUGCCAGAAAGCUAUUGUGACUGGCUAGAGCUAGCAUGUUCCUUGCUGGCCACUUAUUUCACAAAGUCACACCAAUUCAUUUCGCUGCACCACUUACUGGUGUGACUGUUUCCCGACCCACUAUAGCACCAUGGCCAAAAGCAAUGCUUUAUGUAAACGAUUCAAAAAAAUGUUCAGUCAUAACAAGACAGCAAACUACAGUGUUUUACAAAGCAAAUUUUCCAAGCAUUGGCCCGGAUUGGCAUCUCAUUCAUUUCAAUCAUUGUGAAUUGGGUUUCUUACAAAUAAAUUGCAGAGGGCUCCAGCAAAAACACAAUUAUACUAUUGCAACAACACAUGACAUCACUGAACAAUAAGAUGCGUUGGCCACCUGAAUAUGUGCAAGAGCAGAUUGUUGGUAGAAAUUCUACUGUCUACCUCACGAGUGUUUUGCUACAUAAAAUGAAAAGAUUGUCAUCCCAAUAAUGUCCCUUAGAUGUAAAAUCCUGUCCUAUCCUGAAAGUAUGUUUAAGCUGUCUGAUAGUUCUUCAAAUGAAUAUACAAUAUUUCAUCAUUUUAGCAACACACACACACUAACACAGGCCCUUGUGCUUUUUAAAUACCAUCUUAUUUUCAGCUUGCUUUUUAAGGAGAAAUGUUUGGUCCCACCUUAGACCUUCAUCAGUAUAGUUGAUCAUAUGCAACUUGCCCUGAGGAAGGCCUAUAGUGGGCGCAAACAUGUGUUUCUCAUAAAUAAGACAUAGGUCAUUUUGUGAUGAACUUUCAGUUCCUUUGCUGAAGUGUGGGUGUUAUAGAGAAAACACUAGCAUCCUACUUCACUCAGGUCUGAUCUUAGAGAGAAAACAAAAUUGUUACAGGAAGAGGUCAGUUGAGUAGGAAAGAGUAAGAGAAAGAAAGGAUAUUUUUUUGGCAACAUGUUGAUUUUGAAGAGAACAGAGAAGAGAAGGAAAGAGAGCCAUGGAUGUAUCAGGAAUGUUUUGCGGGCUGAAUAAUAAUUCACAGCAAAUUUCAAAUUGAACCUUUGUCAUUCAUUUCAUGAGACCAUUUAGUCUCAGAGGUGGAACUAAGCUUGUCUGUGAAACAGGUGUUGACAAUCAUUUUUGUGAGAAGUCAAGGUGGAGCCUUUAAUUUAUGUGUAUGAAAUGAUCAAAAUUUUUCUUGUUAAACUAUAUUUAUACAGUAUAGUUUCUACUAAUUGUACCUUAUGUGCCAUCAGUGUUCUUGCCCUAACACAACAAUCAGUUAUCACUGAUAAUUGAAAUAUUAAUGACAAUCUUUUAGUUUUUUUUCUCCAUAUAGGAUUUCUGUAUCACUGUAUAUUUUUCAGAGCCUUUUUUCUAAAAAUGUACAUGACUGUAUAAUGAAGAUUUGGCUUGUUAUUAGGUGCAAUUAUCAUUUCAAAGAUUUGAUACCGAUACUUGCAGUGUGUCUUGACUGUUGAUACAGUGCACAUAUUGUUAUCAAUUAUUUUACACUUACUACAUUGUUUUGUUUUUUUUUUUCUUUGUUUUUGGCAGUUGUUUUUAUGGAGAUAAAUUAAAAGAGUUUACAUUUUA